UGGAAGCUCCCUGAAAUGUGAAAUAUGUACCGUGAUUCGGCGAGCAGACGACGUGUCUGGUUCCAUGGUUGAAACGAAAGACGCGGCUCCCGUGAAGCGUUUGUCUUCACCGGAAGGCGUCUGACUCGGUUUGAGCUUCGCGGCGGAGAACUUCUCUCAGCCGAUGAAUCAAUCACCGGCUGCAUGCAGCGCUAACCUUUCACCGGUGACCCGUUAGGAAGACGUUCUCCGGGGCGUUUGAGCGGCGACUUAGUCCCCUGAUUCUGACCGCUGAAGGGUCGGUUGUUGUUUUGUUUUUGUUUUUUUACAUUUCAGAGCCCUUUUUUGAAAUAAUUCCAAUCGCCUAUUUUUUUUUAGACUUUUGAAAGGCCGAACAUGUCGUGGAUCAGGGAGGGAGAAUUAAACCUGCUCGAAAGGAUUUCAGCCAAUAUCCUGAAGGCGGGACCCAUGCCUAAACACGUGGCCUUCAUCAUGGACGGCAACCGGCGCUUCGCACAAAAGAAAAACAUGGAGCGCCAGGAAGGACACAUGCAGGGCUUCAACAAGCUGGCGGAGACGCUGCGGUGGUGUAAGCACCUGAACAUCCGGGAGGUCACGGUGUACGCCUUCAGCAUCGAGAACUUCAAGCGCUCCAAAGACGAGGUGGACGGGCUGAUGGAGCUGGCCAGGCAGAAGUUUGAAAAGCUGUUGGAGGAACGGGAGAACCUGGAGAAGCACGGCGUGUGUAUCCGGGUGCUGGGCGACCUGAACAUGCUCCCGCUCGACCUCCAGCAGCUCAUCGCCAAAGCUGUGCUCGGCACCAAGGCGCACAAUAAGUGUUUCCUGAACGUGUGCUUUGCCUACACGUCGAGGUACGAGAUCACCAACGCGGUCCGGGAAAUGGCCUGGGGAGUGGAGCAGGGCUUGAUCAAAGCAAGCGACGUUUCAGAGCCGCUGCUGAGCGCGUGUUUGUACAGCAACAAAUCUCCCAAUCCGGAUCUGCUCAUCCGCACCUCAGGAGAGGUGCGACUCAGCGACUUCCUCCUGUGGCAGACUUCCCACUCCUGCCUCGUGUUUCAGUCCGUGCUGUGGCCCGAGUAUUCCUUCUGGAACCUUUGUGAGGCCAUUCUGCAAUACCAAUUAAAUCACGCUUCCAUCCAGAAAGCCAGAGAGCUCCAUCGAGAGCAUCAGGCCCUCCAGCAGCUGGAGGCGGAUCGCGCCUGCGCGGCGGAGCACCUGCAGAGCCACGGCAACGGGAAGCCCGCCAGCGGCCAGCGGAGACGGGAGGCGCUGCUGCAGUACACCGCCUGCCGGGAGGAGCGGAUUCAGGACUUCCUAGAGGCGCUGAAGCGCAAGAGAGACUCUUUCUUCAAUGACUUGUGGAGCGCCGGCGUCUCGGCCUAGGGAGGAGGAGAGGAACGCGCCUCGCGCUCCGAAGAGGCCUUCUGUGGAGAACGGAGGAGGGAAACAAUAAACUGUUUCAUUGUGUUACUGAUUUUCAACAACAAAACGAUAAAUAGCUGUUUUUACCCCUGUGGGGCUGUAAACUAAUCAAUAUUUAUGAUUGAAGAUUUAGAGGAAACAAAGAUGUGUGCAAAUGUCUGGUCAAGAUGUGGUGAAGUGGUUGUGUAAAUCGUCUGUCCGCUGCAUGCCGUUGAUUGUAAGAUCGAACUAUGUGAAUGAGAGCCGGCGAUCCGUCCAGAUUAAUACGAGUCAGCGCAGCUUGCUUGUGGUCCGUUGAGUGUGAUGCUGAUGACGUGACUAGGUUUUGACCAGCUUGCUUUAACAGAAUAAAGCGAUUGUCGUUUGUCCGCUGUGAUUAAAGGAUGUGCGAUUCA